AUGUCUGCAAUCGGUGCCAAGGAAUGGUCCGAAUGUUGUUACCAUGUUACAACCAUUGAAAAUGGCUACUGGCCACGGGAAAUUGCAGUAGAAAAAGAAAUUGACAGUAUCGUGAUCGAAGUAGGACAGGCAAGUGAUUCAGACACCGAGACCGAUUCAGAAACAACAGAGAGAGCACCUCAAGACCGCUCCAGAGAAAAUAACAAAGUACAAAAACUAGUCGAAGAGAGGGACUAUGCAGGAUUAGAAAAGCUCUUGGAUAGUGAGAAGGUUGAUUUUGACGUCAUAGGCGUGGACGGACAAACACCAGCAAUGUAUGCAGCAAAGACUGGACGUUUAAAUAUGUUCAAGUUACUUGCAAGUCAUGGAGCUGACAUGACAGUGAUAGAUAAAUCUGGUAGCAACAUUCUUCAUUUGGCCGUUAAAGGAAGAAGGAUCCGUAUAGUCGAGUAUGUCCUUAACCACAGAAACACUUUAGACGUCAACAGAAAGGAUGAUGAUGGACAGACGCCUUUGAUGGUAGCAACGUCCGCGGGCUAUGAUAGAAUAGUUGAAAGUAUUAGAGAAAAUCUUAAAAAGUGCAUUGCAGCAAGGGCUUGA